GCGGUGUCUGUUAAAACACUCUGCGUGUCCGGUAAAACCGUGCAGAUUCGCCUGGCCCGCGCAUAUCAGUCAGCGCUCACAACUCGUUCACUAUAUAAAAACAGUUUCAAUAGUAACCAGCGCAAACGCAAGCUUCCUGCUCACCCGGCAAUGCCUUGAGCGAAUGCAAAACCGAACCGACCGCGAUGCAGUGCAGUUAAUGAAUUUAAAUCGAUGAAUAUUGUUGUCGAAAAAAAAUUGUGUUUCAUAAUUCCAAUUUGAAUUUUCAAAUUGUAUGAAUUGAAAAUAUUUUUUUUAUUGUUGAGUGUUUGUGUUUUUGAUUUUUCAAAAUGGUGGCAGUAUCGGAACAGGAUCGGGCGCCAAAACCAGAUGCGAUGUUCGGAAUGCGACACGUCAUGGUUCUUCUGCUGUUCCUAUCCACAACUGUCGCCUACGCAACACGAGUUAGCAUGAGCAUGGCCAUCGUGGCCAUGACCAGUUCCAACGACUAUGGUUACCCAGUUUUCGAGUGGGAGCGCAGCAUCCAAGACCUGAUCCUGUCAUCAUUCUUCUGGGGCUACAUAGUGCUGCAGAUUCCGGCGGGCAUGAUAGCCGGAAAGUUCGGGGGCAAGAACCUCAUUCUGACUGCGAUGCUGUCCAACGGUCUCGUCAAUCUGUUCGUGCCGUAUGCUGCUCAAAAGGGUGGAUGGGUAGCGGUUUGCGUUUGCCGUAUUCUCAUGGGUCUUACUCAGGGUCUGCUGUAUCCGAGUCUACACGGUUUGCUCGGCCAAUGGUCACCAGUGUCUGAAAGAAGUCGUAUGGGGACCAUAGUAUAUGCAGGAGCUCAACUAGGCACUAUAAUCGAGAUGAUGUCAGCCGGAGUGCUCUCAGCAAGCAGGUGGGGCUGGCCUUCGGUUUACUACGUCACGGGCAUCUCCUGCCUGGGCUGGUCUCUUUUGUGGAUCAUCUUCGGAGCCUCUACGCCGGGUAUGAGCCGAUGGAUUUCGAAGGAGGAGAGAAAGUAUAUCGAGACAAAUACUGCUUCGGCCGACAUUAGUGAAGCCAAGAAAAUGGUGACCCCAUGGAAGAGCAUUUGGAGUUCACUUCCAUUCUGGGCUAUCCUACUCGCUCACAGCGGACAGAGUCUUGGUUUCUGGACGCUCCUUACUGAAAUGCCUUCCUACAUGGCAAAGGUUCUUGGGGUCGACAUUAAAAGCAAUGGAAUCUUGUCUGCGCUUCCCUAUGUUGCGAUGUACAUCCUCAGUUUCAUCUUCAGCUGGUCGGCGGACUUCCUUAUCAACAGAAACAUUUGUUCAGUUUCCACUACACGAAAAAUCUUUAAUACUAUUGCAUUCUGGGGGCCUGCAGCUGCAUUGCUGAUCCUCUCCUAUCUUCCGGCAGGACACUUGACACUCGCGGUUGUAAUUCUGACUUUCACUGUUGGAUUAAACGGCGCUCACUACGUCGGUUUCUUAAUCACACAUAUUGAUAUAUCACCGAACUUUGCCAGUACCUUGAUGGGUAUUACAAAUGGCGUUGGAAACAUUUUCUCCAUUCUAGCGCCUCUUAGUGUCUCAGCUGUUGUCAAAGAUGAGACAAGCGCUUCGGAAUGGCGGAAGGUAUUCUUCAUAUCCAUUGGUUUCUACUUCCUCAGUAAUAUGUUUUAUGUCCUCUUCAUGUCUGGCAACGUUCAACCAUGGAAUGAACCUAUUACUGAAAAUAAUAGUUUGGAAAAGGGAGUGAAAACUAAAGAAGAUAAACCAGGAAAAAAGAAUAGCAGUUCAAACUACGGAGAAGAGAAGUUUUAGAAAUGUAGAGUUGUGUGAGUGUUAACUUAUUUGUUAGCUGUGCUAGCUAGUCAUGUUGUUUAAUUGAAUGUGAGAACCAAUAGCUCAAAAAUAUCUAUAAGCAAAAAGUGACAAUAAUAUUUAAAAACCAAAAAUAUAUCUGAAUAUUCUUUUAUUAAAUAACGUCAGUAUAAUUCACAAAUCAUUAUUUUUUUCACAUACUACAGUUGUUUCAUAUAUCAUUACAUUAUAGGUAAUGAUAACAUUUACUGUAAAUUAUUAGUUUAAUAUUUUCCGUUAACAAACUUUUAUAAAAAAUUCGAAGGCGAAAUAAGUAGUUUACAAUAGGGUAUUAUACUGUAUUUAAAAUAAAUUAGUUUACACCAUGCAUGAAAUAAAGCACCAGAUAAUUAUUAGAAAAACACAGAUAGUAGUUAUUUUUGAACACAAGUUCUAUUUAAUAAAUCGGAUAGAAAUAUAAAAAGCAGGUGAGUUGACCGUGACGUCACGAUGUAAUGUUUCAUAUAAAUUCCAUAUUAGCAAAUCAUUUUGACAGUUAUAAAAAAGUAACUGAUUUGACUACUAGGAAAAUACCCUAUAAUAAAUAAUCCUAAGUUUAGUACAAAGCUUACAAUGCAAGCAUAAUAAUAUGAUGUAAUAUGUAUAUA